CGGUACGCUCGCGAGCGGUGUUGCUUAGCAACCCAGCGCGUUCCGGGCGGCGCGCGCCCCGGCGUAGUCCCAGCACCGCGGACAAAACGUGUCCCUCUUACGGCGCUGGAGCAGGCGGAGAGGUCCCCAAAAGCCGUCGGAUCGGAAACGGGCGGCCGGUAGGAGGGGGUUUGUCUCUGGGUCUCCGGGAACCGGUAUCAGGGAGCGGCAGGAGUGGAGCUGUUCUCGGAAGGAAGGAUAGCCAGAGGCGCGGAGGACGGCUGCAGCAGGCCGGUAGAUGUGAAUGGAGUCUCAGUAUCUGAAGAGAUGCCUGGGAAGUUGCUUGAAAAAGGGACUGGCAGAGAUUGUAGAACAUCGGCCAGCAGAUCCAAUAGAGUAUCUGGCACAUUGGAUUUACAAUUACAAAAGAACCUUAGAUGAAGAAAAAAAGAGAAUGUUGGAGAGGAUUGAGCUGGAACAAGAACGGGAGGCAGCCCUGGCAGAACUUGAAAUGUUAAGAAAAAUGAAAGAAGAAGAACUAAUGAUCCAGCAGAAACUUGAAGAAGAACGUCAGGCUCAGGUGGAACAAGAACGUGAGAAGUUGGAAGGGCAGAAGGAAGAAGAGGAAAUGCUGUUGCAGCAGGAUGAUCAAGAGGAAAAUGAGGAGAUGAUAGCUGAACUUACAGAUAGACCUGGAGCACCUAAUUUGACCACAGUUGAGGAACUAGAUGAGAAUGGACAGUUUGAGAGUACAACAGAUCUCAUGGCAGAAUCAGAACAAUAAAAGUCCCAACUGAACUGAAAACAGUAAAUAUAUUUUCAACUCAUUACUUGCUUAUCCUGAAGUGUAAUGUCUUAAUUUAUGUAUUUUUAUAGAACUGAUAUACAUACCCAUUGUUUCAGUUUCUGUGCUUUCUGGGUGUUUGUAUAAAGUCUGUUACUGCUGGCAUGUGAUGCUUACUUUUUGUUCUUAAACCACUAUAGCUAGCAUGGCUGACUCAGAGGAAGGAAACUGCGAUUGAAAUGAAAGCAGUAAAUACAUUUUCUACUUAUUGCCAAUUGAUUCUUUAAGUGUAACAACAUAAUUAUUAUAGAUAUAAUUAACUGCAGUAGAGGCUACAAUAUGGUAAUUUGAAUCAAUAUUAAAAUAAUAAAAGUUUAUUGAAAAAGGAUUUCCCAAGAAUUUGAAUGGUUUUUGAUAGAAAGAAGGGAUGCUCUAUUGAUUAGAAGAUAGAGAGAGAGUUCUGCCUGUCAAACUAGAUGCAGAAAUCAAAUCAGAAGAUUUUCCAGUUUAUCUGGAAGAGAUGAAUUGAAGUCUAUGUGACUCAGUGGACAGAUGUACUGAAAGAUCUUGUCUGCCUUAGAAAUCAUGAGGUGCUUUUUGUAACACUAGGUGUUUGCUCUUGCCUUUUAAUUACCUGAUAUUAUGUGAGCCUCAGGUGUCUGCAUAUCAGUUUUGAUUAGUUAAGUCUUAAAAUAUUCUUUCCUGGAUUUGUCUUGAAUUUGCAAAUCAAUAAAUUGUGUCUGUUUCGUCUUUACUAAAAACCAUUAUUAGGACUCAAAACUUCACAUCUGAAAAAUUUGAAGACUAUUUAGCUUCAUCUAUAUUUAUCUAUUAAAAUAAGUUUUAUAAUCCUUAAAGAUUCCAUUAAUUUUUAUAAGAACAAAUUUCUGUAAUACUGGUAUCUUGGUACAGGGUGUGAAGAGUGUUCUCUGUCUAUUCAUUACAAAUGGAAAAGACACUCACAUUUAGAAAUCCUGUGCUUCUUUGUUAAAACGUGCCUUUGCAUCUCAGUGUCUUCUAAUAAUACAGGUUAGUUGGACAAUUAACAUUAAGUAAUUGCCAAUAUCAUAGAAUGAAAAUACUCUUCAUUACAAAUUCAGGGCAUAGUUAGUGCAUUCACUGUAUUCUUCAGUUUUGGUAUGAAAGAGGUUUUUGGGAUGAUUUCACUUUAAUUUGUUUAUAUUAUAGCUGGUUUUAAGGGUUUUGCUGUCUUUGGCAAACUGUUAAAAAUGUCUAUAUACCAAAUAGACAAAGAUCUAUCAAGAAAUAAACAUUUUUCUGCUCUAAAAAACUUGUUCUGUUCAUGUAGCUCAUACUAGGCACAAUCCUAUCAAUAUUUUAAAAGGUAAGCACUAUUGAUUUCUAGUAUAGUAAUAUAAUAUUUUUUCCUUAAAAAUAAUAAACCACACGUAUUAAAUAAA